AUGUCCUGCCAGCAGAACCAGCAGCAGUGCCAGCCCCCUCCCAAGUGCACCCCCAAGUGCCCUCCCAAGUGCCCCACGCCCAAGUGUCCCCCAAAGUGUCCCCCUAAGUGCCCUCAAGUCUCUUCCUGCUGUAGUGUUCCUUCUGGGGGCUGCUGUGGCUCCAGCUCUGGGGGCUGGUGUGGGUCUCUCUGGGGGCCCCGCCGAUCUUUACGACGCCGACACCAGAGGUCUAACUGCUGUGGCAGUGGCAGUGGCCAGCAAUCUGGGGGUUCUGGCUGUUGUCAUGGGUCUGGGGGCUCUGGCUGCUGCUCUGGAGGCUGCUGCUGA